AUGAAGAUUCAUCCAGCGCCGAGGAAGCGAAGCAUAACCUUGCGAUACGAUAUGGCUUCGACUCUUGCGCAAGCGAAUUCACUCGUUUGCCGACAAAAGAAACUCCGAAGACUGCCUCACAUCUUCGCAAAAGUCCUCGAGCUUCCUUUCGACGCAGACGCCGACGUUUUGAUCGAAGAAACCCCCGAUUCUAUCAGAUUUAGCGUUACCGCUGAUGAUGUCGGUGAUGACGUCAGGGCACACACAAUUGAGAUCUAUCCAGGGGUCACCAAGAUUGUGAUAAGAGGAGAUAACGUUCUUGAGUUGUCGAUGGAUGAAUUGGAGCUGGAUUUGUGGCGAUUUCGGCUUCCGGCGUCGUCUCAGCCGGAGAUGGCUAGUGCUGCGUAUAUUGAUGGAGAGCUAAUCGUGACGGUGCCCAAAGAUGGGAAUUUGGAAGAUGAGGAUGGUGGUGCUGCAGGGAAUGGGGACAUCGGAGCGGGACAGUUUGUUCUUGUACAGUAA